AUGGCCCAAUCAAAUGGAAAAGUAGCUUUCGUUACCGGAGCAUCCUCAGGUAUUGGAUUUGCUGUAAGUGUAGAAUUAGCAAAGAGAGGCUAUAAAGUGUACGCAGGUGCUCGUCGUGUUGAUGAUAUGAAGCCAUUGAAGAAGUUUGGCAUCAUCCCAGUUAACCUUGAUGUUACCUCCGCGGAAAGCAUUUCUGCGGCUCGUGAAUUGAUUGAAUUGGAAAAUGACCAUUUAGAUAUCUUACUUAACAAUGCCGGCAACUUUCGAGUUGCACCCGCCAUUGAGGUUUCUGAUGAAGACUUUAUAAGGUGCUACGAAGUUAAUCUUUACGGGCCAAUUAGGGUCACCAGAGAGUUCAGUAAACUUAUUAUUAAAGGUAAGGGUUUGUUUGCGUAUACAACUUCCAAUGCAGGAAUGAUGCCUGUUCCGUUCGCAAGUAUAUAUUCCUCUUCAAAGGCUGCAUUGUCUGCCUACGCCAGUACUUUGGCUUUCGAGGUGAAACCUUUUGGAGUUCAGGUGUUAGAUUUUGUAAGUGGUGGGGUUAAAACUGGGAUAACGCAGGUUGAACAUCCUGUACUUAACUCAGACUCGUUGUAUAGAAUUGACGGUAGGGACCUUAUGAGAGAGAUUGGAGAUAAAUUCGAACCCAAUCAGCUAAUGGACGUGAAUGUUUAUGCAGUUAAAGCGGCUAAUGAUUUGGAAGCUGCUCUCAAUGGUGUUGGUUUCUUUAGCAAUGCUACUUACUUUAGGCUGUUUAGAGGUUCGGCGUCUUCCAUUUCUUGGUUUGUUACCUCAUUCUUAUCUAGAUGGUUCUUAGAAACAGUCUUGUUGCUCGCUUUCGGAUUGAAAGAUGGGUUCAAUGCAAUCAAGAAGAAGCACAGCUCAAAGAGUAAAUAG